GCAAGAAGAUAGUGCUCUGCUCUGCAUUAUCCAUAUAAAUUAAUUAUACUGUAAACUUCCUCUACAAAGAUAUUCAAGAUAUUUCUCCUUACAGACAAUACUACGACAGGACUAUCCAUGUCCACAGUGUUACUGUUUUGUUGUACAUUUCUUUAGCCUAAAGAAAUGUACAACAAAACAGUAACAAUUGUCAACGAACUUUCGGCUGGCUAUAAAUAUCCCAAUGAUAAAAUUAAUUACGUGAAACAGGAAAUGGAUGCCCGAAUCGAUAGACUCGAACAACGAAUGGAAGGUAUGUUCCUGUAUACAGCCAUGAAUAAUAUACUUCACAAUCCGUUCUCACUUGGAUUUCUUGCCCCAGAGGAUAUAACGUUGGCAAUCCAAGACGUAAUACAGCGAAGAAACCUAACUUUUGGUCCAGCCGCUAGACAACUAGCUUUAUCUGUCUAUGUAACACAGUUAAUAAUUCAACAACGUGUCGAGCUUGUUCCCGCAGCCCUCGACCUAACGACAAAUCCUGAUGAAAUCAAACGCCUAGCAUGUACGACUAUAUACACUGUUCCAUCUCCAAAACAAUCAAAAUUCACUGUCUUUAAACUAACAACAAAAUCCGUUUCAACAUAA